AUGGCCAGCCGCUCUAACCGCUUGAAUGCCAACACCAACCAAGCUACCAACAAUGUAUUCACGCUCACCCGCCAUAAAUGGGCCCAACAAGAUACCCUGGCAAUGAGCUACGGCCCUGAGGACACCCGGCUUGCCUUGGAACGUGCACAGGCUUGCCUUGCGCUGAACCCAAGGGCUGAUGUGAAUGCAGCCAGGGGCUUGAGCAUCCUUGCUGACCUGACCCGUCACUUGAUUGCCAAGUACGGGGGUAACCAAACGUCUUCCAGGUAA